AUGAAGGCUGAGGCAGCAUUUCUGACAUUAGCCCUUGGGUUCAUUUCAGUGAACUUUGCUGGCUUCUGCUUUGGUGCACUGCAAGUGGGAUUUUACAGAGGAAAAUGUGGUUUUGCAGAUGUUGAGGCUAUAGCGGCUGGAGUUAUUACUGCUCAGUUCUUCAGGGAUCCUUCAACUGUGGCUGCCCUCUUACGCUUGCAGUUCCAUGACUGCUUUGUCAAUGGGUGCGAUGCGUCAAUACUAGUAGAUGGAAGCAACAGUGAGAAAACAGCAAUAGGUGCUCAUUCUGUUGGGAUUGCACAUUGCUCAUUCAUCAAAGACCGUCUUUUCAACUUCGAAAACACUGGCAGACCCGAUCCAUCCAUGGAUCCUUUCCUAGAAAACAUUCUGAGAUCAAGGUGCCCUCCAUUUGCCACAGUAGACAACACAGUGAACCUUGAUCAAAACUCAUUUAGCCCAUUUACAAUAAGCAAUACAUACUAUCAGACUGUGAUGCUGCAUAGAGGCAUUCUCCAAAUCGACCAAGAUUUAGGAACUGACCCCUCGACAAUGCCUGUAGUGAAAAACCUGGCUAAUGCGUUUGAUUUCCCUGCCAGGUUUGGUGCUGCCAUGGUUAAGUUGGGAGCUAUAGGGGUUCUGACUGGCACACAAGGAGAAAUUAGGAGAUCUUGUAGGGCCACUAACAGGGAGUAG